AUGCCAGAGACAAGUGACUUAGGCCGAAACUUCGACACCCAACAUCUUGAUGACAUCUACGAUCAAGCAUAUCUCCUCCAUUGUUGGGCUAUCGCACCAGAAGAAAGAGACUGGAAGUACAGGUUAUCCAUAUAUUACACCAAACCUCAGGACUCAGGAGUAUUCACGUGUUCUACACCACGAGGGCUCACCAACAGCCUCCCUGUCUUUGUUACUGACGUCCAAUGCGGUAGGAUCUCAGGCCUGGGUCAACUUCGAGUGCGGAUGGAAGGAACUAGGCUAGGCCAGAGCGUUCACUUUCAUUGUCCAACAGGCUUCAGGCUUAAUGGUACUGCGAACUUAACCUGCAGAGCUAGUGGUGAGUACAAUUAA